UAAGCCAGCACUUUUCCGAAGGAGGACUUUGCUGGAGCUAGAAGUAUUCAAACACUCAGUCACACACACACGGACACACACACCUCCUGACCCAGCGCUUGUACAGAGGAAAGACUCUUCGCUACAUACUUUAACACAGCACGUCGUGGUAUCCUGACCUCAAGAUGGCAAACAAGGGACCUCAGGUAGGCAUGGCCAACAAAGGUCCAUCUUAUGGCAUGAGCCGGGUGGUGCAGGACAAGAUUGACAAGAAGUACGACGCUGAGGUGGAGGAGCUUGUGGUGCAGUGGAUUGUGGCCCAGUGUGGAUCUGGAGUUGGGAAACCCGAGGCUGGCAAACUGGGCUUCCAGGACUGGCUCAAGGACGGAUGUGUCCUGAGUGAGCUCAUUAACAGUCUGCAUAAGGACAACAAGCCCAUCAAGAAGAUAGCCAGCUCAAGCAUGGCCUUCAAACAGAUGGAGCAGAUCUCGCAGUUCCUAACUGCUGCCGAGAGCUACGGUGUCAUCAAGACCGACAUGUUCCAGACCGUGGACCUCUGGGAAGGGAAGGAUUUGGCUGCAGUCCAGAGGACACUGAUGUCCCUCGGCAGCGUUGCUGUCACCAAGGAUGACGGCAACUACCGCGGUGACCCCAACUGGUUCUUCAAGAAAGCCCAGGAGAACCGGAGGGAGUUCACAGACGACCAGAUGAAGGCGGGGAAGGGUGUGAUUGGCCUGCAGAUGGGCUCCAACAAAGGGGCCAGCCAGACUGGCAUGUCGUACGGGGCCACCAGACAGAUCCAAUAAUAACAACCAAACCACUGACCCAUGCCCUUUCCCCUCCCUUCUCCACCACACCCUGCACUGCCCUCCUCUCCCCUUCGCCCUCUCACUGCAGCUACGACAGGUCCCACAGAUGAAGUCUUAAUGCCUCAACUCAACCUUAUCCCAGUGUAGUAGAAACAGUCUCACUAGUAGCACACAACACUAUGACCAAACUUGUCCAGCCCAAUAUUACAACCCAAAUCUACGUUGCAAAUACCAUAUGUGAAAUUUGAGUCUUAAGUUGAAAGGGGCAACAUGCAUUUACAGCUGUCAAUCACUCAUCCUCAAAUGCAAUUAUCAUGUUUACAUGAGACUGAUAUCUGAAUCAUAGAGAUGGCACUGAAGCAACCAAGCUAUGCCUUCUUAGUACAAGGACAUUCUAUAAAAAUGUAGAAACAUUGAGAGAUUGCUUGAGAGAUCGUUUUAAAAAUACCAAAUAAAAGGAAGGAAAUGAGGUUGAA